AUGAAUAAAGACAUAAAGCGUUCUGUAAACGAAGAUGAAUUCGAUUCAUCUUUGUAUAAACGUCUUCGUUCUAAUGUAACUUGUAUAUUUGAUUUAUCUGAUGAAAUAUUUCUUCUAAUAUGUCGUUAUUUAUCACCAAGUGAUGUUCUUUAUUCAUUUUAUACUCCUGAACAAUCUCAUCUUCGUUUUCAUCAUAUGAUUAGUGAUUAUUACAGAAAAAUAAAACUAGAUAAAAUAUCCAAUACCGAAUUUGUUUAUUUGUGCAAUUUAUUUUCUAAUAGAAGAUUUUCUCUUCAACCUGAAUCAUUAAUAUUAAGUAAUGAAUAUAUUCCUUAUUUAACACAUAGUUUUUUUAACUAUUUACAUUCAAAUACAAUUAAUUCAAUAUUUAUUAAUUUAAAAUGUUUAAUAUUAAUAAAUUGUUUUUCAAAUGAUAUUUAUAUUUUGAAUAAAUGCUUAUUUCAAAUGACAUUAAUUCAAUAUCUUCAUAUUAGUUUUCGUAGAACUAAUAAUGAGGAUGGUGAUGUUGUUCAAUCUCGUCAUAGGGAAAGAUCCGAUCCAACAAUUGUUCAAUUUCUAUUCGGUAGACAAAGUUCCUCUUUAAAUAAAGUUAUUAUUGAUAUACCUGAUGGAUUUAUAUUAUAUCAAUUAUUACUACCAAAUCAAUCUAUUAUUUAUCUCGAUUUAGUUUUAGAAACUAUCGAUGAUUUGUAUAUAUUACUUAGUGGAUUGGUACCAAAUGUAGAAACAAUGACUAUUCAAUUACGUCGAUCACGAAUACUUUCUGGUACUCAUCCACGAAGUAAUCCAUCAUGUCCAAAAUUAACUCAAUUUACAUUACUAGAAUCUUUUAGUGGAUUUGAUAUUAAUGAUAUUAAAUCUAUUUUUAAUUUUAUUCCAUCUGUAAUUAAAUUAACAUUAAGUAUACGUGAUACAUAUGAUAUAACAUUUUGUCAUGGUCCUAAAUUUGAAUCAAUAUUAAACGAAUAUUUACCAAAUCUUCGUGCAUUUAAUUAUACAAUGACACAUAGAAUCAUUGAUCAAACAUUAACUGAAAGUUUCAUUCGAUGGCCAAGUAAUAUUGCUUAUUAUGAAAAUCUUAAUCAUUGUUGGAUACAUAUUUAUUCAUUACCAUGGCCAUCAGAUAAAAAUGAUAAACGUGAAUUACCUAUUGUGAAAGAUGGACUUAAUAGAUUAGUACAAUCAGGUAUUGGACCCAGUGAAUGUGUGAAAGAUAUUAUGAUUACAAAUGGUAAUCAAUGGAUUGAGUUAAAAACACAAUUUCAUCGUGUUUGUCAAUUGCGAACUUGUUUACCAAUCAAUAUUGAAUUACCAUUAAGGAUUUCAAAAGUCAUACUUACACAACAAAUUCAUAGAACUUCAAUAAAUGAUAUUGUUCAACCUUUUGUUCGUAGUUUAAUUGUUGAACAUCGUUUAACUGAUGACAAAGACAUCUCAAACCUUGCUCAACGGUUUCCAAAUGUUGAAUAUUUGUUAAUGUUUUUUCCAAUAGAUAGAUCUUUAUAUCUUCAUUGUUUUCAAACAUUAUUUAGUGCUGAUAAGAAUAUUAAUACAAAUCGUCGUCUUUGGACUAAAUUAAAAUUUGUUUCAAUGGAAUUUUUUCAUCAUCAAAUUGAUGAAAUAUUUGACGAUAAUAAUAUUCUCCGUUGGUUUUUUCGAAAUACUGAUCUUAAAUAUACAAAAUCGGGAUUUGUUUGGAAUGGAUUAACUUUAGCUGAUGUUGCAAUGCCUUGGUUUGUUUGGAUGAUUGGUAUUUCAAUUGUACUAUCACGACGAUCAUUAUUUGCAAGAAAAACUCAAAAGAGGAUUAUUAUUUGGCUUCUCAUCACCUUUCAACUACAUGUGCCUGGUUGUCCAACAGGUUAUUUGGGUCCCGGUGGUAAAGAUGACCAUUGGAAAUAUCAAAACUGUACAGGAGGGGAAAUUCGCUCAAGAACAUCAUCAAUCGUCAAUAUUAUUGCGGAUCAUUUUCAUACUUCUAUUAAUUCUGUUAUUCCAAUCGUCAUUGAAGAGAUUGACGAUGACAAUGAUGAUGAACUUCCUUUAUUUUCGAUUCGACAAAUAUAUAAAAAUUUAAUUAUUUUUGCAUUAAAUUUUGUAUUGUUGUUCACUGCUUAUGGUAGCAUAUCAGUACUACAAUCAAGUUUAAAUACAGAAGGGAAUGUUGGUGUUAAUUCUCUCAUUGUAUCUAAUGCUUUUUUCUUGGUUAGUUCAAUAUUUCUCACGCAUAUGUUAAUCGACAUUUUUGGACUUAAAUGGACGGCGAUUAUUUGUGAAAUAGGUUUUAUUUUCUAUAUUAUUGCUAAUAUUCGACCUCUACCAUCACUGAUGUAUAUUAGCGCCGGUUUGGUUGGUCUUGGUGCUGGGCCAUUAUGGACAUCUCAAGCAACUUAUAUAAGUCAUAUUGCACGUUAUUAUGCUCAUCGUAAAGAAAAAAAAGUUGAUGUUAUUGUUAGUUUAUUUUUUGGAAUUUUUUAUGCCAUUUAUUACACAAAUCUUAUUUGGGGAAAUUUACUUUCAUAUCUUGUACUUAAUCGAUCAAGUCAAUCACAAAACUUUAAUUGUGGAAUUCAUUUUGAUCCAUUAUCACAAACAAAAACUGGAUCAUCGAGCAAUGUUAGUGAUGUGACACGUUAUGUUCUAUGUGGCAUAUUUGCUGGAAUGGGUGUUGUGUCAAUAAUUCUUUUAGUUUUAGCACUUGAUCAGAUUCGAUUAGCUAAACCACAAUCUGUUAGACAAUCAUUAAAGAAAAGUAUUGAACUUCUUCAAUCUUUAAUUAAAUGGAAACAUCUUAAUCAAUUAUUUCUUGCUCCAUUAAUAAUAUGGUCUACGAUGGAACAUGCAUUUUUAGUUGCACAAUUUACUCGAGCAUUUAUCACUUGUUUGGUUGGUAUUCGCUUUAUUGGUCUUGUAUUGAUGUGUAAUGGUAUAUGUCAGGCAAUGUCUAGUUAUAUCUUUGGUGGUCUUGUCAAAUACAUCGGUCGACUUGGAUGUUUCAUAAUCGCUACUCUACUAAAUUAUGCAACGAUCAUUCUCAUGUACUUAUGGGAACCAAAUGCGGAUCAAAUAUACAUUCUCUUUAUUAUAGCUGGUCUUUGGGGUGUUGCCGCUGCUGCUUGGCAAUCACAAAUCAUCGCUGCUUAUACAGUUCUUUAUGCUGACGAUGAUCCAAGUGCUUUAGCAAAAUAUCGUCUAUGGCAAUCGAUUGGUGCUCUUAGUACUUACAGUUAUGCGAGUUAUGUCACUAUUCAAAUGACACUUAUUAUUCUUUUUAGUUGUCUAACAGUGAGCAUGAUUUUUUAUUGUGGAGUCGAAAUUCAUGUUCGAUGGAAAAAGAAUCGAAGAAAACCAACUAUAGUGAAUGAUCAUUGUUGA